AUGAUGACUUUAUUCAACUUUGGAUUUAAUUCAAAUAAAAUAUUGAAACAUCUUUUUUUUAUUUAUCUAUCAUCUAUUUCACUUUUACAUUUUCCUAAUGAUUGA